AUGAAAGGUCCUUUUCGUGAUUAUAAAUCCAAUGUUUUUCUUCAAGCUUUACAAGAUGCAAGAGCUGACCUUCCAGCUGACAGGAUGGAAGACUUUUUUCAAGGCACUGUCUGUCAUUUCCUCGGUGUAAUACCAGAAAAAAUAGGAAAAGAGAUAUUAAACACACUUGCGAUUCUAUUUCAUCAAUCUGAAUCAUAUACAUUAUUCUUUACACGUCAUGGAUAUACACAAUUUUUGCCUUUUCAUCAGCGAAAUUUAACAGAUUAUCUUCUUGAAGUUUUAUACGAAAUAUCACUUGUCGAUCCGAAAGCAUUUACUAAAACUGUUGUUGAUUUAUUCGGUAGAAUGAUUGUUCGUCGACCAAAUAAAGCUUUAAUAAUUAUAUCCAAUUUAUUGCAAUCAUAUUCGAAUCAAGAUUAUCAAAUUUACAUAGUUAAUACAUUAUUUGAUGGAGCAAGCAGAUUUCAAGUUCCAGAAGCCGGAACUACAUAUGCAAGAUUGCUUACAUACUUAGCAAAUCAAUACCCAUCAAUCCGUGAGCAGCGAGAAAUAGAUAUAUACAAUUGUUUAUUACCUCUGUUACUUGCAGAUGAUGCAGAAACGAUUAAUUCAGCAUACGCAGGGUUAUCUCUCAUUGCUACGCUUCGUGAAGAUAUUGCCAUGCCAUUUAAUGAAACUUCCAUGCAUAUAAGGCAUCCAGAAGUCUACCAAGCGGCAAUUGAUUUCUUAUUAGUUGCACCAUUGUUUUCUUCAGCUGUUGUUCCUCAAAGACUUAUUAGCAACCUUGCUCUGUGUGCAGAAAAGGAUAAAAAAGCUACUUUGGUGCUUCUGCGGCUUGCAGAACAAAGAAAUAUUGCCAAAUAUAUGGUUGAUAAUUCAGAAUGGAUGUCUCUCAAGUUGCCAACAACUUCUGAUACUUUUUUGCUGUUCCUUGUAGUAUUUAGUCAUCAAGCACUAAGACAUGAUAUCGGAAGAUGUGAAUAUUUCACUGAUUUCAUGGUAAACAUGUCUGAAAAGGCCGAUGUAAAAACUUUGACAGCCCUCUCAAAAAUAGUCAGAAGAGUUGAUUUAGUUGCCGAGAUAGUAGAUAUCUUGUCUGCUGGUGAAUUUUUCGCAAACUAUUUGGCAAGGUGCGAUGUUCUACAGAAUAAGAAGUCUGAAUAUCUCUCAAUCCUUAUGAUUGAUACAAUAUCAAAGUUUUGUUUCACUAGAGAAAUGAUUCCUAUGUGUAAAACAUUGUAUGAUAUUAUAACAGGUGGCGGUGAAAAUGUUGAUUCCGCUAUUAGACUUGCAAUUGACCUUUGCGUUUAUAAAAAAUGCCAAGAUCGAUUUACUUCUAUGAAAAUUGGUGAGUACUUGACAACUAACUUUAGGAGUUUAUCUUGCCAGAAAAUGGCAAAACAUCUUAUUAGACUUACGACACCAAAUUAA